CAGAUAAAGAUUCACGUCGGACCAAUAUAAUUUCAUCAGAAUUAUAGUUUCAGCUGUAUUGAGGGAAUUGGUGGGCAGCGUUUCGUUUUCAUGAAUUCUCUCUCAAAUCUUCUAACUUGCAGGAAGUAUACUGCUUGCUCCCAGACAAGGAGAAAUUCUCUUUCUAUGUGGUACGGCUUAAGAUAGCUUUGUCUAUCCCAUAGAGAUAAGUGACAGUUGAGACGCUAAUGAGCGAAAUCCAAACAAAUGUAAUCGAUGGAUAGCAAGAGUAUUGUUUAUUUCCAAGAUCUCCCUUUUCAACUUAGAAGGGAACUGUGUGAUAUUCUAGAUACUGACAGACGAUGGGAAGAAUUGGGUAGAAUCCACAUGUCAACCGAUAUGACAGCUUUUAUGAGGCAAGCUGCUUUACAGAAUAAAAGUCCGACAUGGGAGCUUCUGAACAAAUACAGUGAAAGAGAAGGAACGGUAAAACAGUUAUUUACAAUGUUGGAAAAAAUGGAUCAUGAAAGGGCUAUGACAGUUUUAAAGCCUUAUGUUGACGAGAAAUACCAAUGUUUUUUGAAAACUGAUCACAUUGCUUCAACAACAAUAAGCAGCUCUUUAAAAAAUGCUAAUGAUAUGUUUAGACCUGCAUCAACAGAAUUUCCUGUGACUACUUCUUGUAGCUCACUUUCUACUUCUGCACAGGGCCACUUAUCAGGAGCUGAGGGAUUACCUGGCAAGCAAAAGGAAACUUUUUCCACUAGUUCAAAAUUGAAUCACGAUUGUCUAAAUCUGAAUAUUGAAUUCAGUAAAACAUUUUUCAAUUCUAAGAUGAAUGAUUUUAAUAUUUCUCAGAGCCAUUCGAGAGGAGUUGAUAUAAAAAAGUCACCAAAAUACUCCAAUUUUGAAACAAAUGCUUCUAGUUAUGAAGAAUCUGGUUUGACCAAAUGCGUAUCUGAAAAAAUGAAAGACACAUUGAAUCUCAGUUCUCUAGAAGACUGUCUGCAAGAUAUUAAGCAAAUUUCAUAUGGAGACAUUUGUAAAGCAACUGAUUAUUUCAGUAAAGAGCGAUUUAUUGGUAGAGGAGGGUUUGGAACUGUACAUAGAGGAGAAUGGAAAGGAACAUAUGUUGCAGUCAAAAAAUUUAUUCCUAGAGAUGAAGCAGCUCAACAGUUAGAGAGUAUAAAACGGUUUUUAAAAGAACUCAAUACAGUAAAGAUUAGGCGUUAUGAUUAUAUACUUCCUCUUUAUGCUGUUUCAUCUGAUGGAAAGAAUCUUUGUUUAAUUUAUCAAUUUAUGGUAAAUGGGUCCUUAGAAGACAGAUUAUUGUUAAAAAACAAAACACCUCCCCUGACAUGGUCUCAAAGAAGUCACAUUGCAGAAUGCAUCGCUAAAGGUUUGAAUUAUCUUCAUACUGCUUUUCAGAAACCUCUUAUUCAUGGUAAUAUUAAAAGUUCCAAUAUCCUUCUUGAUGCCAACAUGAAUGCUAAGAUUGGUGAGUUUGGAUUAACAAAAGAAGGCCCUGGUUGUCAAGUAUCGCAACACAAGUGCUUAUCUCCUGAAUUGGAUAUUUACAGUUAUGGCAUUGUUUUAUUAGAGAUAGGUACUGGUUUAAGACCAUUUGAUGCAAAGCGAGGUAAAGGAAUAUACUUGUGUGAUCAUGUGCAGUUGUUUGCUAAUAGUGGACAAUUAGAAUCACUUCAAGAUACAAAAGCUGGUGAAGAAAAUAUGAUUUGGGGCCUAGAACUGCUUAAAAUGGGACAAAUUUGCAGCAAUGUUGAAAGAAAAAAACGUCCACCAUUCAGUCAGAUUCUGCUGCAGUUUGAAAAGAUAAAGCAGGAAAUCUUCAUGUUUGAUGGGAUUCAGUGGCCCUCCAAUGACAAAAACAGUUCUUCUUUGCCAACAAAUUUACCUGCUUUUGAAUUACAGUGGUAUGAUGAUCCUCAGAAGUCUACUCAGAGCGAAAUGCUUCCCAAUGAUAAGAAUUUUUCAUUGGAAACUUCUGGAGAUCCUGGAUACAGUGCUGGAGUUUCAGGGAUUUCAGUUCCACAUAAAGAACUGUCUAUGGAUUCAUCAUCUGCACAAGCUGAAGUUUCAUUGGAAACUUCCAGAGAACCUGGAUGCAGUCCUGGAGUUUCAGGGAUUUCAGUUCCACAUAAAGAACCGUCUAUGGCUUCAUCAUCUGCACAAGCUGAUGUUUCAUUGGAAACUUUCAGAUAUCCUGGAUGCAGUGCUGGAAUUUCAGGGAUUUCAGUUCCAUAUAAAGAACCACCUAUGGCUUCAUCAUCUGCACAAGCUGAUGUAUUAAGUUGUGAAAGUCUCAGUUCUGGAGAAGUUGACAGGGCUUUGGGAAGUUGCCCUUUGGAUUCCGAACCAGAAAAAAAAGAGGCGGAAACUUCAUUUGGCGGGAAUUCUCCUUCAAUCUGCCUACAGUUCUGUGAUAAUAGGUGUCUGCAAUUGAAUCUGCCAAUGAAUCCAAUUUCUAACAAUCUGCAAUUAUCACCAACAUCUGUUCGACAGAUAGUUGAAGAAUAUGAAUGCUAUUCCAGAUAAAUUGAUUUUUGUUGUUGAUACUGAUACAAAACAAAAAAAUUAUCAUACUAGAAAUGUUUUACUAAAAAUGCCAAUGUAUACUUGAGGAUGAAAUUCAUUUAUGCUUGUAUCAAACAAUCCAUGAUAAUGUAAGAUAAGGGAACUUAAUUUUGACUGUUUCUGUGUCGAAUUAUUUAACAGAAUUGAUAAUAUGACACGAGAUGUAUGAUGAGAUACAUUUUAUUUCAUUGACUGUCUGUAGAUUUUGUUAACAUCAAUGUUGUAUGGAUGGCUUUUGUUUAUUAUUUUCAGAAAUAUAUGAUGUUAUAAUACUAGAUAUUACAACUUUUAAUUAAGUCAUAUUAGAUUUACAGAAUUUUUUUUUUAAAUUUGCUUCUGAAUGCAUCUUUUGUAUGUAUAUAUUACACAGUUUGGCCAAUUAAUUAAAUUUAAAAUUUUUUUCGAGUAUUGAAUAUAAAUUUAUUAAUCAAACAUUAAUGAAAAUAUUAUUGAAAAAUGACAUGCAUCAAAUAAUCAUAAAAUUUUUUUAAAAUGUGUAUAUGAAAAAAAAAAGAAUAUUAUUAAAUAAAUUAAUUAUGUAUGAGAUUCAUGGAAAGAGAUUUCCAGUAUAAGAAAAGUAUUUUUAUUAUACUUUCUGACUAUUAAUAUGAAUAUCAUAUGUUAGAAAAGAACAUUGCUUUAAAUACAAAUCUAAGAGUAAUGGAGGAAGAACAUAUUAAAAGUGCAAUGAUGGGAAUUAAAAAUCUGCGAAGAAAAUUAAUUUAGAAUAAAAUAUUAGUAGAGAUUGCCAAUGAGAAAAAAUAUCCAAUUCCUGCCAUUUUUUUAAUGAGAAUCAUAGACACCGUUUAUUUCAGAAUCCUGUGCUUAUUACUUUUGGAUAAUUUUUCUCUGCAGAAAGGAGAUCCGCAGUGAGUAAGCAGAUUGCUUAUCUAGAGUUCUGUAUUAAUUGCAUUUUUCCUUUAACUGCUGUUUUCUGAUGUUGAUUUUCAUUUUCUUUUUCAAUCAACUAUUUUAUUUUUAUGCAUAAUUUGUAUAAUACUUAUGUAUAUUUGUUAUUAAGACAUGACUCUUCCAUCUGGUAUCUGAGUUUCUUUUAUGCAAACUCAAACUCAAAAAACUUUUGCUAUAUCAGAAAACAGCUAGUAUUUAUUUUCUUAUUUAUGUAGGGAAAAAUGAGUUUCCUUUAUUUUGCAUCUUUCAGUGUUAACUUUACAGUUUAUUCAUAUAUAUUCUGUUUUUCCAUAUUUGAGUCAUAUAGAUAUUUCCAAAUUGCUUAUAUAAUUGCAUGGAGUUGUAUUUGGAAAACAUAUUAUAAAGUCAGCGUUUGAUUAUCAUAUAAUAAUUUUAAAUCUUUUGUCAAAAACCUUCAAGGUUUUAUUCCCUCUUCUAAUUUACAGCUUUGAUUAAAAAAAACAUUUUGAAAGUAUAUUAUCUCUGAAAUAUAUAUAUAUAAUAUAAAAUCAUUAUAUAAUUUCAUUUCAAAGAGCCAAUGGAAAAAAUUUAUUUUAAGUUCUACUUUAUUUUUUACAGAUAUUUGA